GUAUUUUGUUCUAUUCUGUUUAGAUUAAAAUUAUUAUGUGUUCACAAAACUCAAUAGUUUGAUUCAUGGAAUAUCCGAAGUAAUAAGCAACUACCGACAGUAGUACUGUGUGAUUUGAGCACAACGUAACUCCAAGAAUUUAAUUAUAAUAAAUUAAUUUUAAUUUUUAAAUUUUUUUUUGAUUUUUUGAAAAUAAAAUUUAUUUAAAUAUGAGUGAGACGAUUUCGGCGCGGCAUAAUCGGAAUGAUCUGUUCACACGCGAGGAAUGCGAAAAAAUUUUAAGUAAUUUUCUCGGAGAUGAUUUAGCAGAAAAUGGAAAACUAUUACAAUUUGAAAUUGUGCCGGAAUUAGGGAGUGUGGGCUAUUUGGGUCAAUAUUUUCAUCUAAAUCUGAGUUAUCAACUUAAAAAUGCUGAAACAAUACACAGAACUCGUCUCUUUGUAAAAGUCACGCUUCAUGAGAGCGCUGAAAUGUCCUCUAUUUUUAAAAAGGAAACCAUGCUCUAUGAGACUUUGUUGAAUGAACUCAGAAAAUUCAGCAAAACAAUUUGGUGUGCUCAAUGCUACUACACACGAAAGGACCUCGUUGUUAUGCAGAACGUUGUUGAUUUGGGUUACGAACCCUUUAAGCAACCCACUAAAUUUUUAACCGAACAACAGAUAAAACCACUGCUGAAAGGAUUAGCUACACUGCAUGCAUGUAGUAUUGGGUAUGAACUAAAAAAUAAAAUCAAUAUCGGUGAGCAACUAAAAGAUGUACUCUAUGAAGUAACGGUCAGUCCAACAGUGACAUGGUACACCACAGGUAUAAAGGCUGUGAUAGCAGUAAUUAAACAACACCCUGGGUACCAAAAGCCUGAAAUGCGCGAAUUCCUAGACAAUAAAUUACCAGCGCUUAUAGAAUCCGUCUAUGCCAUGGUUAACCCAUCUACAAAGUAUCGAAAUGUGUUUUGUCAUCGUGAUCCAUGGGGUGGAAAUAUAUGUUACAGCAAAACAGACACAUCUGAGACCCCCGCAGUGUUUGUUGACUUUCAAUUAUGUCGCUAUAGCCCAGCGGCGAUAGAUGUGCUAAUGGCGUUGUAUCUUAAUUUGAAACCGAAAGAACGGCGAGAGUUAAUGGCACAAAGCUGCACAUUGUAUUAUGAACAUUUUGAAGCUGAGCUUAGCAGCAUGGGUAUAAGAGCAGAUGAACAUAUGAGUCGAACAGAGUUUGAAAAUUCAAUGAAAGAUUUAGAAUUGUAUGGUGCGCUCUACAACUGUAUGACGGCUACUAUAUUGAGAGUUCCCGAUGGCUAUUUAAAGAAUAUGAAGCUAAAUAAUCCCGAUGCGUUUCAUCGAUAUGCGAAUAUUGAACGCACGGAGCAGGUGCUAGACCUGCUACAUGAACAUCAAAGUUUUCGGGAAUAUAUGUUUGAGUGUAUUAGAGAUUUUAUGGAUUUGAUAUUAAGUAGUGAAAAUUAAAAAUGAAGCUAUUAUGUAUUUAAUUUAUAUUUAUAUAAUUUUUUUUUUAUAGUAUAC